GCUGUGGCCGCUGCUGGGACGGGGUCGGGUGCUGACACCUCUGCUGUCCCGGAGACCAUGUUCUCGUCGGGGGACGCAGACAGUAAACUUAAAAUGUACCUUUAGUUAGAAGUGAUCACCUCCUCCUUGGCCUGGGCGCAGCGGUCCGGACUCCUCCAGCACACCCAUGUUUUCCGAGCAGGCUGCCCAGAGGGCCCACACUCUGCUAUCCCCACCAUCAGCCAGCAACGCCACCUUUGCCCGGGUGCCGGUGGCGACUUACACCAACUCCUCACAGCCCUUCCGGCUUGGGGAGCGCAGCUUUAGCCGGCAGUAUGCCCACAUUUAUGCCACCCGCCUCAUCCAAAUGAGGCCCUUCCUGGUAAACCGGGCCCAGCAACAGUGGGGCAGUGGCAUCCGAAUAAAGAAGCUGUGUGAGCUGCAGCCUGGGGAGAAGUGCUGUGUGGUGGGGACCCUCUUCAAGGCCAUGCCGCUACAGCCCUCCAUCCUGCGGGAGGUCAGCGAGGAGCACAACCUGCUCCCCCAGCCUCCUCGGAGCAAGUACAUCCACCCAGAUGAUGAGCUGGUCUUGGAAGAUGAAUUGCAGCGUAUCAAACUGGAAGGCACCAUCGAUGUGUCCAAGCUGGUCACAGGGACAGUGCUGGCCGUGCUGGGCUCCGUGAGAGACGAUGGCAAGUUCUUGGUGGAGGACCAUUGCUUCGCAGGGCUUGCUCCUCAGACGCCUGCACCACCCCUUGACCUGGACAGGUUUGUGCUGCUGGUAUCUGGUCUGGGCCUGGGUGGAGGUGGAGGCGAGAGCCUGCUGGGCACCCAGCUGCUGGUCGACGUGGUGACGGGGCAGCUGGGGGACGAGGGAGAGCAGUGCAGUGCCGCCCACGUCUCCCGGGUCAUCCUCGCCGGGAACCUUCUCAGCCACAGCACCCAGAGCAGGGAUUCCAUCAAUAAGGCCAAGUACCUGACCAAGAAAACCCAGGCAGCCAGUGUGGAGGCCAUCAAGAUGCUGGACGAGAUCCUCCUACAGCUGAGUGCCUCAGUACCCGUGGACGUGAUGCCAGGGGAAUUUGAUCCAACCAACUACACGCUCCCCCAGCAGCCCCUGCAUCCCUGCAUGUUCCCACUGGCUACCGCCUACUCCACGCUCCAGCUGGUCACCAACCCCUACCAGGCCACUAUUGACGGAGUCAGAUUCCUGGGCACAGCAGGACAGAAUGUGAGUGACAUUUUUCGGUACAGCAGCAUGGAGGAUCACUUGGAGAUCCUGGAGUGGACUCUGCGAGUCCGUCACAUCAGCCCCACAGCCCCCGACACCCUGGGUUGCUACCCUUUCUACAAAAGUGACCCGUUCAUCUUUCUGGAGUGCCCGCAUGUCUACUUUUGUGGCAACACCCCCAGCUUUGGCUCCAAAAUCAUCAGAGGCCCUGAGGACCAGACAGUGCUGUUGGUAGCAGUGCCAGACUUCAGCACCACGCAGACGGCCUGCCUUGUGAACCUGCGCAGCCUGGCCUGCCAGCCCAUCAGCUUCUCGGGCUUCGGGGCCGAGGAUGACGACCUGGGGGGCCUGGGUCUGGGCCCCUGAGUGAGGAGGCAGCCUGUUCAAAGAGGCCCCAGCCAUUGCCCCUGCAGUGUCAGCACUGCAGCUGCUUGUCUUUGCAAAUAAAACCUGACUGUUAA